ACUGAAGAAGCAAAAGCAAGACAGUUUUUCAAUGGCGAUAUCUUCAAUUUCUGCACUUUCGCCUUCUUCUCUUCUAAUAUCCAACAGUUCCUCCACAUUUUCUUCUAAAACCAGCAUAUCUUCUUUCUCGUUCUCUCUGUCUUUUCCUUCUGUGAAUGGCUUGAAGCACAGUAAGGCCCUACAACCCUCACAGUCAUUAACUAGGGUUUUUGCUGCCCCUGAAGCCUUAGAAACCCAGGAAGCCCAAGACCCACCUCCAGAAUAUGAUAAUUAUGAGGUUGGUGGUUCUGAGACACCCAGUGCUUCAUCGUUCAGUAUUGCUGCUGAUGCGGACAAGAUGGCACCAAAGCAGAAAAUUAGGAUCAAACUCAGAUCUUACUGGGUACCCUUGAUUGAGGACUCUUGCAAGCAAAUAAUGGAUGCUGCGAAAAAUACCAAUGCAAAGACCAUGGGUCCUGUGCCACUCCCAACGAAGAAAAGAAUCUAUUGUGUUCUAAAAUCCCCACAUGUGCACAAGGAUGCAAGGUUCCAUUUUGAGAUCCGGACCCAUCAGCGUCUCAUUGAUAUUUUAUAUCCAACUGCUCAAACCAUAGAUUCUUUGAUGCAACUUGACCUUCCAGCUGGGGUUGAUGUGGAGGUCAAGCUUUAAAGAAGCAAUAUCAAAUAUCAGAAUCCCGGAUAUGGUGUUCAUCGCAUUAACUGCUGGGCUCAUAAACAAAAUGGCUGUCUUGGAUUAUGGUGAAGGAGACCAAACUUAGGCUGGACGCCAACGCCAUCUUUAGAUACUGCUAGAUGUUCAUUCCUUUCCUUAACAAUGUCUUGUAAACAAUGUUCUGUUGAUUGCUCUGAUCCUUUGAUAGAAUAAUUUCUGGUGCUAACCAAAAUCUUGGACACAUUUGUGAUGUUAUUGGGCGCUAGUAAAGUCAUGAAUGAAUAUGUUCUCCAGUUGUGCCACCACAGCUGUAUAUCUUUCUUGUGACUGUAUUCUACUUGUGCCUGAAGAUGCCAAGUUUCUUUGGAAUUUAUACUGGUUUAGUUGUAA